AUGGGCAAUACCAUAUCAUACGAAGCUACGGAGCAUAAGCUCGAUUUUGGCGACGGAAAAGGUUCUAUCACAGGUCUUCAAUAUGAUAAGAAGGCACGUCGAUAUGCUGGAACGAUUUGUCCACAGGCCGCUUAUAUGUCGGCCAAAAAAAUAGACACUCCUAAAGAGGCAUUUAGCGAAGAUUAUUUAAGGCUCCAUCUCUGGACACCGGUUGAAUCAGCCAAAGAUAAGAAAUGGCCAGUCAUGCUAUGGCUCCAUGGAGGAUGGUUCCAAAUGGGAGGUCCAUCACAUAAACCAGGGAUGGAUCCAACCGAACUCAUUUCAACGGGAAAUUUGAACGUUGUUGUAGUAGCGAUCGGCUACAGACUGAAUCUGUUUGGAUUUCUCGCCGGUGAUGCCUUGCAAGCAGAGAACGGCAGCGCCGAAGCAGUACGCGAGAAUAUUGCAAGAUUUGGUGGUGACGUGCAGAAUGUUAUCCUUGCAGGAAGAAGCGCAGGCGCUUAUGCCAUACAUGCACAUGCUAUGUACGAGUUUCAAAACCCAGCAUUCUCAGCCGCAUCUCCCUCAUCCCAUCGACUUGUCAUGAUGUCAAACGCAAUACCCGCACAACCGAAGACACCCGCUGAGUGCCAAGAUCAGUUCGACGAACUAUCUGGCAUUGCUGCGCAAAAUAAAAUCAAGAAACUUGUAGACGCCAUCAUGAAGCUGAAAAAUCACACAUUCAGACCUGUGACGGAUUCAUCAUUUAUUCAACCAGGCAUGAUGGAUUACCACCGCAACGGCACUUUUGCGAAAGAAUUCAAAAAGCGAAAUUUCAAGAUACUAAUUGGCGAAAUGUUAAAUGAAGAAACGCUUUAUGCUGCAACGAAUGGACCUGAAGCAAACGUGGACUCUCUUCGCCUUCAAGUUUCUAACUACUAUGCACCUGUAACAACGUCUCGCGUGUUAAAACACUACAAACUCCCGACUACAGGAGAGAAGAGUGAUUGGACGGCAUUAUGUGGCCACAUAAUUUCUGAUUGUCAAGUGCGCGCAAUAUCUCGGUUCUUAGCAAACAGUAUUUUCUCAAAUAGUGUAGAAAUUAAGGAUAUCUGGCGUUUCUCGAUAAUGCACGGUCCAACUGAGCAAGAACUUGUUCUGAUGAAGGAAUGGAUUCGUGAUUUAGUCGCAUUUGUAGGUGCCGAGAAUGAUCAUCGAUAUGGCCCCAAGGAGAUUGAUGAGUUUAAAGUUGCUACACCGGAGGGCAAGAUUGAGAUUCAAAAAGACCCAAGGUGGAAGGAACUCUUGGAGCUUGCUGAUGUAUUCUCCGGAUGA